UCUAAUAAUGAAUGGCUACUAAUAGCUUGCAGAUAUAGUGGUUUGGCAUAUUCUUGGGCAGUGAUCGCCGCCUCAGGGUCAAUCAAUACUGUCAGGGAUGACUGGCCUUCGUAUCAUUCUGAUCCAGUGAGAGAGAGAGAGAGAGAGAGAUGCAUCUUCACGCAAGGGGAAGAUAUGAAGUUGAGCAUUGGGAUGCAGUUGCAAGAGGCAGUGUUCCUUUUAGGGGAUUGGUGGGUGAUCCUCAUUUGUCUGCGCCACCUCCUUUCUGGAAUGGUGAUGAAGGGAUUGGUGGGAACAGGUCUAUGGAGAAGUGAGCUCAUCCCAACCAUCUUAGUAAUCCAUGGAGCUAAGCAAAGCAGCAAGUCUCGAGUGACUCAUCAGUCUCAAUGCAUUCUUAAGGCUUUGAGUUCUGAUCCAUGGGAAAAAGGUUUUAUAUGCUUCAUUCACCGUGGUAGCUGCAGCUGCAGUGAUCAAUGUGCAUGUUUGCCUCCACUCCAAUAUGUUGAGUUAAAGAUCUGGCAUCCACAAGUUCUCGAACGAAUCUCAAAGGAGUCGAUCAAGUCUCCUGCGUGCAUCUCGAAGCAGGAUCCAAGUCCGAAUGAACAUGCUAUGGAGGCCUUAUUUCACUGAAGCAAAAAGCACAGACUCUUUCGUUGAAGGAUGACGAAGACUGAUCCGGUAAGUUUUCCUCGCUAACAUGUGUUUCUUGUUUGACUCGAAGUUAUUGGACUCGUCUUCAAUAUUUGGAGACCAUGCAUGGAUCUGAGCAGAGCCCAUCGAGCUUCCGCACGAGUUUUCCUCUCCAAGAGGUGCGAGACCUUAAUGAUCAUGAUUGCACAUCUGAUACCCCCCCAUUCAGGGUUGACCGACCCGGAAAACAUUAAAGGGGUGAUGUGGAUCGGCUGUGAUUUAGGCUCUCGCAGGUCUGUUGCGGUGGGGGCCCGUGCAUAUGGGCCCUUGAGAGACCACGUAGAAUGGUCUAUGUAAAAAAUAAUAUAUUAAUAAGAUAAUUGUACAAUACGUACAAUAAAUAAUAAUUUAUUUAAAUAAAUAUAUCUUUAGUCGGUCAAAAAUUUUGAACUGAAAUCCCACGGGUGGGAUUUCAGUUACUUCCAAAAGUAAGUUUUCAAUAAUAGUUCUUUUUUUAUUUUUAUGUGAUGACUACAAGCAUAAUAAAAAAAUAUAUAAGAAGCCAACGAAAUCAGAGGUAUACAUCUAUAUAUAUAAAAAGACAACAAAAGAAUGGUUGUUGUCUAUAUUAUUUUUUUAUAUACAUGUAUAUGAAAAGACAACGAAGUCUUUUACUCGGGGAAAUCGAAGGUAGCAAUACAGUUAUAUCUAGCCGUGGAUUUUGAUCAAAGAUGAGAAUCAUAAAAUUAACGGCUGGAGAAUGCUCACUCGCUCUAUGUGGCGUCAUGCCCUGUCAGUGCGGUGGUUGGAAUCGACGCAUGAUUCCAUGUGGGACCCGCUUGUGGAACGGUUGCCUUCUCUCACAACAAGGCGUUAGUUGGGUGGUCAGCUUAAUCCACGACAAGCGGUAAGUUAACCUCGAAUGUCCAGAUGACCUGGCCGAGUGGGAGCGCCACCGACGUCUGAGGUUCUGGUCACCUCGUGUGAGAGUAAGACGAACAGAAUUUUCGGUGAUUUGCUGCCGCUCUCGGACUUUUGGGCUGUACUUUACCUGACGCAUGGGCGGUAAUCGCACGGGUGAACACGUGACUCCGUAUGCCCUUUAUAUGCCGGUGCGGAGGCGCUUUGGCGGGAAUCGGAGCUUUUCUUGGAGUCUUCCACAUGAGUUCUGGUAUUUAGCAAGGGAAGCGAUUAGGAGGCGGUGGCACUAUUGUCACGACCUUAGCUGGUUUUGCCUAAGGCGUGCGGCACCCUCGCGCGUCCGUCCGCAAAGGUCAGCCUCCCCGAAGCCUCCCAUUGUCCCUUAGGACCAACAAAAGAGAGAACGGGUUAAAGAGAACGCCUCAAUCGGGAUCCACAAGCAAACAUGUCCGAAAAACACUUCAUAGACAAUGCAAAUCACAAACAGACUUUACAAGCUCUGAACAGUGGCACAACAAAGGGUAAAUUGGUCCAUUACAGACCGAAAAGUUCUCGAACGUGUCCACAUGACAUAACCUUUAUUUACAAGCCUAAAGAAGCCACCAACCCAACUAACAUGGGACUAUUUAGCCUUCGGUUGCCCCUCUACCUGCUGUACAAGGCAUGAACAUGCCAAAAGACAACGGACAGACAUAAGCAUUACAUCCAACAUCUUGUUUAGAAGUUUGUCCGUUACAUUCUCCCCCACUUAUCCUUUCGACGUCCUCGUCGAAGCCUUUGUGAACACU